CGCUUCCCCUCCGUCCUCUCAUAGUCUUUUCUCCAAAGCAUGUUUUAAGUCUCCGUCGGACUUCGGUUCACACGCUACUUCCUGGAUGGAGGAAUGAAACGCUUCCAGUGCCGCUCCAACUAUUCCCUCGCUGUUUUCAUCAGCAGUAUUGCCGCUGCAGCUCUCUGCUGCAUGGACUACUGGCACUAGCGUCUUUUGCAUCUCUACCCCGUAUCCUUGAUUAAUAAAAUCAAUCUCGAAAGCUAUAUAUCUCCUAUCUGAUGUUUUUCUUUGGAAGUAUCAAGAAGCUGUUUGGAAGGAGGUUUUGAGAAAUAAAGACUAUUUUCAUAACGUUCCAGAGCCACACUGAAUUCCAUUAAACAGUCUCUAGCGGCAUUUGCGCUGCUUUUACGCAGCGGACAUUUAUUAUUUGAUCAUACGGAUAGCUCAACAGUUGCCUCUUUUGCUCUCGAUGUUCAUUUUGUCAUGCGGAGGCUACUGCAAUCGUGUUGCUGGUGGAUCUUGUCUUUGAUUGUGUCUGCCUUCGUGGUCUUUUGGGCCGACUGUCAUCCUGCAUUGACAGGAGGGCAACCUGUGUCCACGCAAGGGAGCCAAGAUGGCGGAGCGCCCAGGACCAGACUCAGGAGAGCAGCAGAGGAGUCCUACUGGGCCUACUCAGGUACGUACGGGCCAGAGGAAGGUUGGUCAUCAGCAUACCCAGAAUGCAGAGAGAGAAACCAGUCACCAAUCAACAUAGCAGACCAGGACACCAAGGUGUCCAUGGAAUAUCAGGAGCUCACUCUGGAUGGAUUUGGGACAGAGUCUUCCAACAAGACCUCCAUGAAAAACACUGGCAAAACUGUGGCCAUCAUGCUGAAGGAUGACUACUUUGUGCGUGGUGCAGGCCUGCCAGGGCGUUUUAAGGCUGAGAAGCUGGAGUUUCACUGGGGCCAAAGCAAUGGGUCUGAAGGUUCUGAGCACAGCAUCAACGGCAGGAGGUUCCCAGUUGAGAUGCAGAUCUACAUGUACAACUCGGAUGACUUUGACAGCCUCAGUGCCGCCAUACGGCAAAAGAGGAUCAUUGCAGCAAUGUCUGUCUUCUUUCAGGUCGGGCUAAAGGACAAUCCAGCAGUGGACCCCAUUAUUCACGGCCUCAGGGGCGUGGUCCAUCAUGAAAAAGAAACCUUCCUGGAGCCCUUUGUUCUGAGGGACCUGUUGCCGUCGUCGUUGGGAAGUUAUUAUCGCUACACAGGCUCUCUCACCACGCCGCCAUGCAGCAAGGUGGUGGAGUGGAUUGUCUUCAACAGACCCGUGUUUGUCUCCUACAAGCAGCUGGAGGCAUUCUACUCUAUCUUCACCACAGAGCAGCAGGACCAUGUGAAGUCUGUCGAGUACCUGAGGAGCAACUUCCGGCCAAUCCAGAGCCUCGACAACCGUGACGUUUUCAAGUCUGCAGUCAGAGACGCCUGGUUACCUGACCUGACAGACAGCCUGGGAAACCCUUAUGGAACCGAGGCAUCCAAAGUGUGCAGCAGUGCUCCUAUCAACAUGAAGGUGCAGCAUCUGAACCAAACUGCCCUGGUGGUACGAUGGUCCCGGCCAGAAUUCACCUACCACCCACCCAUCAUCUCCUUCCUCAUCUCCUACAGCUGGACCAAACACGACGAGUCCUACGAGGAGACGCACAUAACUGACGGUCAACACAAACUGGAAGCAGUCAUCACUCCAGUGUCUCCUGAUGUGCUGUAUCUUUUCCGGGUGCAGGCUGUGUGUAUGAACGAUAUGCGCAGUGACUUCAGCCAGAGCAUGCUCUUCAGAGCAAACACCACCAGGAUAUUUGAAGGAACAAGGAUAGUAAAAACCGGGAUGCCCACUGUAUCUCCUGCCUCCUCAGCAGACAUGGCUCCCAUCAGUUCUGGUUCCUCCACCUGGACCUCCUCCGGCCUUCCCUUCUCCUUCGUCUCCAUGGCGACAGGCAUCGGACCCUCCUCGAGUGGUAGCCAGGCGACAGUAGCGUCCGUGGUGACCAGUACCCUCCUGGCUGGGCUGGGGUUCAGCGGUGGGGUCAUCUCCUCCUUCCCCAGUUCUGUCUGGCCGACUGGAAGCCCCGCCUCCACCCGGAACCCCACUGCUGCCACGCCUCGUCAGCCCAUCGGCGAACCUACGGCCUCCCAGAGCGCCGAUGUGGCCAAAGACAGUGGAGAGGGAUCCGAGGACGGGGAGAAAGGAGCCAAGAGUGAGGGUGAGGAUGGAGAGAAGGAGGGAGAUGAAGAUAAGGAGGAAGACGAAGAGGAGAAAGAAAAGGAGACAAAGGAGAAGAAAGACACGAAGGCGGACGAGGUGGAGAAGCAGGCCAACAGCACAGUGGUGAAGGAGUCGCCCACCUCCCCCCCGGCCUCAACUGCCAAAGAGAAAGGACGAGAAAAAGGGGAGGCUGAGGCCAACACCAGCAACACUACGCCCUCUGGUGCCGAGGAGGACCAGCUGGUGACACACACAGAGAUCACGUUAGGGUCAAACACGAUGUCCUUCACCGCAGAGCCAGGGAAUGACACAGCAGAGUUUCCAGCCCCAGACAGCUCCACCCCUACCCUCAGGCCCAGCUCAGGAGGAGACAAGAGCCUCUGGCCCUUCUCCAUACACACAGAGAGGACAAGCGUGUCCAACCUCACCCGACAGGGUUCCCCCGGGGUGGGCAAGGUGGAGUGGAUCAUCCCCCUCGUAGUUGUUUCAGCCCUCACCUUCGUCUGCCUCAUCUUGCUGCUGGCCGUGCUCGUCUACUGGAGGAUGACCAGUCUCUGCAAUCUACUCUGCAUAAAAUACAGGAGGUGUUUCCAGACAGCUCAUUUCUACGUGGAGGAGAGCAGUUCCCCCAGAGUGGUGCCCAAUGAGAGUAUACCUGUCAUCCCGAUCCCAGAUGACAUGGAGGCCAUUCCUGUCAAGCAGUUUAUCAAACACAUCUCAGAACUCUACUCCAACAACCAGCAUGGUUUCUCAGAAGAUUUUGAGGAGGUGCAGAGAUGCACGGCGGACUUGAAGAUCAUGUCAGAGCACUCCAACCAUCCAGACAACAAGCACAAGAACAGAUACAUCAACAUUGUGGCCUACGAUCACAGUCGGGUGAAGCUGCGGCCUUUAGCUGGGAAGGACUCCAAACACAGCGACUACAUCAAUGCCAAUUAUGUUGAUGGCUACAACAAGCCCAAGGCCUACAUCGCCACCCAGGGCCCUCUCAAGUCCACCUUUGAGGACUUCUGGAGGAUGGUGUGGGAGCAGAACACUGGCAUCAUCGUCAUGAUCACUAACCUGGUGGAGAAAGGAAGGAGGAAAUGUGACCAGUACUGGCCAACCGAGAACAGUGAAGAGUAUGGGAACAUUGUGGUUACGCUGAAGAGCACCAAAGUCCAUGCCUGCUACACGCUAAGACGCUUCACGGUGCGCAACACCAAAUUAAAAAAGAGUCAAAAGGGGAACCCCAAGGGUCGUCAGGGUGAACGGACCGUGGUUCAGUACCACUACACCCAGUGGCCCGACAUGGGCGUCCCAGAGUACACCCUGCCCGUGCUCACCUUCAUUCGGAGGUCCUCAGCCUGGCAGACCCCAGAGAUGGGCCCCGUGCUGGUCCACUGCAGUGCGGGUGUGGGGCGAACAGGGACCUACAUUGUCAUAGACAGCAUGCUGCAGCAGAUCAAGGACAAAAGCACAGUGAACAUCCUGGGCUUCCUCAAACACAUCCGGACCCAGCGCAACUAUCUGGUCCAAACCGAGGAACAGUAUAUCUUCAUCCAUGAUGUGUUGGUGGAGGCCAUCAUGGGCAAAGAGACGGAGGUGCUGUCCAGCCAGCUGCACAGCUAUGUCAGCAGCAUCCUUACGCCUGGGGUGGGUGGCAAGACACGGCUGGAGAAACAGUUCAAGUUGGUGACUCAGUGUAACGCCAGGUUUGUGGAAUGCUUCAGUGCUCAGAAAGAGUGCAACAAAGAGAAGAAUCGCAACUCCUCAGUGGUCCCCUCGGAGCGAGCAAGAGUUGGAUUGGCACCUUUGCCAGGCAUGACAGGCACAGAUUACAUUAAUGCGUCUUACAUAAUGGGCUACUACAGGAGCAAUGAAUUCAUCAUUACCCAGCAUCCUCUGCCACACACCACUAAAGACUUCUGGAGGAUGAUCUGGGACCACAACGCACAGAUUAUCAUCAUGCUGCCAGACAACCAGGGCCUGGCGGAGGACGAGUUUGUGUAUUGGCCGAGCCGCGAGGAGGCCAUGAACUGUGAGGCCUUCACUGUUACACUCAUAAGUAAAGACAGAAUUUGCCUUUCUAAUGAGGAGCAGAUCAUCAUCCAUGACUUCAUUCUGGAGGCCACACAGGAUGACUAUGUCCUGGAGGUGCGUCACUUCCAGUGCCCUAAAUGGCCCAACCCUGACGCUCCCAUCAGCAGCACCUUUGAACUCAUCAAUGUCAUCAAGGAGGAGGCCAUGACCAGAGACGGACCCACCAUAGUACAUGAUGAGUUCGGGGCAGUGUCAGCGGGCAUGCUGUGUGCCCUCACCACCCUGUCCCAGCAGCUGGAGAGCGAGAGCGCUGUGGGCGUCUAUCAGGUGGCCAAAAUGAUCAACCUCAUGAGGCCUGGAGUAUUUACAGACAUAGAUCAGUACCAGUACCUUUAUAAAGCUAUGCUCAGUCUGAUCGGCACCAAGGAGAACCGCUCGGGUCUCAUGUCCAUGGACAGAAACGGCACCAUGGCCAUGUCGGAUGAGUCGGACCAUGAGGAAAGCAUGGAGUCCCUGGUCUAAAGAGUCCCGACCUCCCGGCCCUUACAAAGAGAGAGGCACUUAUUUGUAAAACGUUAAGGACUAUGAGACAAUACUUUUUGAGGCCUUUUUUGCCAGACUCUUGGUUAAAUGAACAACCUGAUUACUUUUUUACACUGAUAAAAAGUUUUUGAUAUUUAUUUUUUGCCAUGUUAUGUCUUAAUGUUAUCCUACUGAACGUUUGCACCUGCGUUUUUGAGUUCACAACAACGAAACACACUUCUGUCUUUCUUGUUUGCACUAUAAUGUCAGUGUUACUGCCUAUACUAAGCUGAUCAAGUCUGUUCUACUUCACAUAAGCUCUGAUUUCAACAUUCCAUUUCAAAGGCUUCACUCAAUUCCGUUUGAGAAGUAAGACAAAUACGUUUCCUGUUUGCUUCCAACUGGCUGAUACAAGGAAGAGGAGCGUCGGGGAACUAUCUCCCAGUUCAUUUUAAUAACCUUUUCAACCUGAGGCUGACUGCAGUAGACUGCAGUAGACCUUUCCUUCUCUCUCUCCCUCCCUCCCCCAUGUGGCUCAUAUAUCACUAAUUUGCUGCAAGACUCAACCGUCUGUCACACCUACAGGCAGUACGGUCAUUUGUUGUUUGUUUUUCUCUUUUGUUCGUAUCACCUUAUCGUCAUUAUGCAUCCUAUUAGCAUCUCAAACCCGUAUUUGAACUUUGAAGGUGGUAUUAUAACAGCUACUGUGAACUUGGAUUUUUGUAUGAUUCAUAUUAUGCUUUUUAAUAUAAAUAUAUAUAUAUAUAUAGAUAUGUACACACAUAUGAAUAUCCUUAUCAUUAUAACUUGUGAUUUUGUAGAUGUCCAAUGUCAUGACCUGCCUCAACCCAGCUGACUCCCUCAUGAUACACUAGUUUACCACUCUUAUCCCAUGCCAAUGUUGGUUUCCUUCACACUCAACCCCCUUACCUUCUGGCUGAGUUUGUUUUGCUUAUUGCUGCUAAUUGUCAACACAACAUAAUAUAGUCAGAGGAAGAAAUAAUGAUUCUCGUGUGAGUGGUAAAAUGGAUACCUGUUGAAGUUAGAAUUUGGUUGAAGGUAUUUUUCUAAUCCCCUUGUUUGUCCUGAUGGAGGUAUGCUCCCAAGUCAUACAGCCUUGUGUACAUAGUUUUUAAUCCUCACCGUUGCUUGACUGUGUUUGUGUGUGAUAUGACUGAUUGUAUGCUAUGACUGUUGUGUGUUUUCGCUCCGGUAUAAGUGAGUUGGGAACUUUGUGGCCUAAGCAAGGACAGAUUUACUGUGGUUCUCGAGUCCCAGAGGGAUUCAUUACCUCGUUGACCCUGUUUUAGUUAUUGUCCUCCCACCAGCCCUUUAUAUCCUGGUAGAAUCACUUUAAUAAACACCUCCGUUAGUCAUCUGAAAGAGAGACAGACCACCUGGUAUUUGCAUUUGAAAGGAAAUGUGAAUUCAGUAUACAGCACAAUGACCAUUGUCUAAUAUUUUGUGUUUAUCACAACAAACAUCAAGGAUACCUAUUAUUUGUAACUUUUACCAAAGACUUAUACGAAUUUCCAUUAAGACAAAUAUUAGAGAUGGAGAGCAGGUUUAUUACAUUUGGGUCUGAAUCAUUUUAAUAUAUAUGUAGGCUGUUGACUGUGUGAGUGAUAAUGAUCCUAUUUACUUUUUUUUCAGCUUUUUUCACCAUCUUUUUGUUUCCAGGCUGAUGUUUUGGCAUCAACUCCUCAUCACUUGUGUUAAUUUAGGAAUUCCCUUUGCUAUAGAAGGAGGUCGUUGUAAUUGUAUUAUAUCAGAUUACUCAACUCUUAGAAUAACAAAAUGAAGGAGAGAUGCAUAACUUCUUUCUUUUCUUAUCUGUCAUCCUUCAUCUUUCAAAGGAGGGCUCUUGAAUUAGGUCAUAACUCUCCAACAUUUGGGGUAAAAAUCUGACACUUGUCCCUUUGUCGCAGAAAACAUUUUGCCUUGUUAUGGACUAGCUUUUUUCAGUCUUUCAGUUUUGUCUUGGUCCAUCAGGUUAACUCUUUAUUUUUCUGACCGAGCCUAGUGUCCACUUUGUAAAACACAAAAUGUACUAGUGUGUCAAGAAAACAUUGUAUAUAUUUUGUUGCUUAUACGUAUAAACAACCAUUCUUCUGAAACUUUGUAUCUAUGGCAUAUAAUCAUAGAAUUUUAUAUUUUCAUAUAAAGCUAUUUUUCUUUCUCGCAUUUCAAGUUCUUUAUUGCAUUGCUUUUGUGGUGAAACGUGGAAACCAAGUCUCCGUGCAUUGAACUAGUGGUUGUCAUCACAUUCCAAUACAAUUCCACGCCUCCCAUUAUCUUUAAGGCAGUGACUGUGAUAUUAUCAUUGUUAUUAAUUCGUUUUUGUUUUGAUUUUCUGAUAUACAAUUUGGUUGUCAGAGUGUGCAAUAGAAUAGCUAUAGUAAGUCACUGAAUCAUUUUGUCCCAUUGGCCAUUUUGAAUAGGUGGGCGUUGCUUCCUCUUUUCUAAACUGAAAUUUAAAAAAAAAGGAAAAAAAUGUUUUGUUUCGUUGAAAGCUAUAUCAAAGCAUUCUAUAACAGUGUUAUUUAAUAUGUAAAUUGUAUUGCUAUACUUAAAAUAAAAUAUGGGUUUUGAUGUA